GCCAUUCGAACAACAUCGACGAGCAAAAGAAAAACAAUUGAACAUGGCUCAAUUGGUGAUUCCCUUAUUAGUUCUUUUUGUUCUUAUGGCCGUUACGAUGGCCCGCGAUCCGUACGGUGGAAAUAAGGGCUAUGCACCGUAUGGUGGAUCGUAUUCUUAUACGGUUAAAUACGAUGGACAGAAAGGAUACGAUAAGGAUUACGGCUAUAGUGCUGGACCUUAUGGCUAUGACAAGAAGCCCAGUUAUGGUUAUCGUGCUUCUCCUUAUGGUUAUGACAAGAAACCGAGCUAUGGUGCUCCUUCCUAUGGCUACGAGAAGAAAGGCGGCUAUGGCUACGAUGCCCCAUCUUACGGCUACGAUAAGAAAGAAAGCUAUGGUUACGAUGCCCCCUCUUACGGCUACGAUAAGAAAGAAAGCUAUGGCUACGAUGCCCCCUCUUACGGUUACGACAAGAAAGAAAGCUACGGCGGUUCUCCGUACGGAUACAACAAGAAAGGAAGCUAUGGUUAUGAAGCCCCGUCUUACGGUUACGGCAAGUACGAGAAGCCUAAAUCAUACGGUAGCUAUUCCUCAAGGUAUUAAACCUUUGCCCCAACUGACAUAUAACCGUAAACCCGUCAUUCCAAACUUUCGAUUUGAAUAAAACGUAUCUAUUUUCAAAA